CAGAUCUGUUACACUGCAGCUUAAAGGGUUAAUUAAACACAUAAUAAUUUCAAUUAUUGUAGGUACAAAAUAACAAGCCAUGGAAUCCGGAUACCAUAGAAGGUACCGCACCGAAACAAAAUCAAGAUUCCUUUAUGUACAGAAAUCAAAAUGGAGUGAAAUCUAUCCUGCUUGAUGAUGAUAACUGCGACUGUUUGUCUUCUCUCAGUUUCGGACAUGGCAUGUGUGGUUCAGGUCAGUAAAGCCUUGGGAAACUGGGAAACAUUGCUGUAAAAACAUUGUUGUUGAAACUUUAAUAGUUAUUUUUAACGUAGACCAAUGCGAAACACAGUUAAAUUGAAUUCACCACCCAACAUUUCGGAAAUCCAAUUUCGUGUCAAGGAUUAUCUGAGGUUGCAACAGCUAGGUUACAGAAAGUUCGUUGAGUAGGGCGAUAUUUCUAGGAAAUUCCCCGAUGAACGGGUAGGGAUAAAUAUGCGGAAGAAUUGUUCCUAGUUUUCGGAUUGCUCACAUCUGACACAUGGGACUUGAAUUCCGUCAAAAUAAAAACAUUAAAAUAAUGGCAAUAAAAUUCUUUAAAAGGCUGUAAAUAAGUAACAUAAUUUAAGCAGUCUGACAUGUUGAGCAGAAGCAAAAGUCCUCGAUCCUUGUCUGUUCCGACAAGUUUCAGAAAGUUAAACUGGCCAUGCAUGUUGGGAAAAGCGCCAGGAGUUCCUGGCCCUUCCACUCUUAUUUUUUCUAGAUGUCCAAUGGAGAGCUACACACGUAAAUAUCUCACAAAUUGUCAACAAGAUGUGUUCGCAACACGCUUGUAGCAAGCUUGUCAACAAGCCGUUGACAACUUAUCAAAAAGAUGGGAACAAGCAGUGCGAACACAUCCUGUUAACAAGUUGUUGGAACAGCAUUGCUACAAUCUGCUGCAGGCUUGUUACAACUUGUGCGUUUUUACGUGUGUACUGUAUAUGUGUUUUUAAAGACUGGUUUACACUGUCAAAGUUUUUGUGAUUACAGUAGAUUAAGUUUUGAAGAAGACAUUUCCUCAAACAAUUCUUACAAAUCAGUGUUAGACAAUAAGUCAGCUCCUUCAAACAAUUCUUAGAAAUCCUUCAAAACUCAAAAUUUACCUAUGAAAAAUUCCUACUGUGAUCACAGAAACUUUCGUAGUUUUAAGACGCUUUAUAUUCACCAUUAUUAAUUUUUUUGGCAGCUCAUAAUCCAAAAUUCAGUAAAGCUGGUGCGUUUGGAGCAGAGGCAUUGUAUGAUCCUGGUUGCCACGGCCCGCGCCCUACCAUUGGACUAACCUUAUACUUCCGACAACAAAAACAACUCCGGCUGUCCGAGUACGGCGGACACUGGACUGCAUUUUGGUGGUGGACGCCUGGCGCCACGUGGCCGACACAUGAAAAAGAUGUGUUACAACAUGCAUACGGCACGUGCUCACAGUAUAACUAUUACUGCUUUCAGAGAUUACCAACCUGGACGCAAGAAGACUUUACCGAACUUUUGGCAAUCGAUUCACAAGGAACAGUCUAUCAAUGGAAAUUUGAUUCAAAAAACCCCACAGCUCACGCAGCUUGGAUAGCCCUACAUGAUCAUAUAGGUACACCGUUCAGAAAGGUAAUGUGUUAGCAGGAAACUCUGGUGAAUGUUAAUGAAUUACCCAAUUAAACUUACAGAGCAAAGUUGUCUAUAAACUGAGAAAGGUCAUUCAAUUCCCUUAGAUCUUUUCCUCCUCUGCUAAGCCGCUAAGCUUGAUCUUGAAUGAUCGCCGGGAGACUUAACAGAUGUGUCGUUGGUUAUAUUCUUGGACUAUAAUUGAGAAAACAUAAUAAUAUAACUCCGCCACCAAUGAAAGCAACUGAUUGAACUUUCUAUGUAGCUUUCUGGUUGGCAUAUAUAAUCAGCAUUGCUAAACCUAUCUUAUUUGUCCACCACUAUCGUAAUAUAUCAACCAUUUUAUCCGUAUUUAACAUUACAUUUUGUAUGUUGUAGAUAAGAGAUUCAAAACCUUGGAACCCAAAAGCUUUGGUUGGAAAACCACCACAAGAAAAUCAGGAUUCCUUUAUGUAUCGUGAUGUGAAGGGACUGAAGUCAUUUCUUUUGGAUAAUGAUAAUGGAGAUUAUUACGCUACACUCAGCAUGGGUUAUGCCAUGGAUCAAGACCGUCCAUUCAAGGGACUUGGAGUGGAUUAUCUUUACGACAUUAAAGGAAUACCUGACGUGAGCAAAGGACUAACACUAUACUUCAGAGCUGAUCACAAAAGAAGUGUUAGUAAGUACGGUCCAGGAUGGCGCCCAUUUUGGUGGUUUUCAGCUGGUGCAACAUGGCCAAAAUGUAGAACACCUGAAGUCACUGACGUCCUACGGGAUCCUUAUGGAACAUGCCAUGAUAGGUAGGUGCAGUUUGUAGAUACAGUAGGCAAUGCAAGCAGGUGGAUAUAAUGGUGAGUAGCAAGCUGUUUUCCACAAGCGGUGUAAGAAUAUAAAUGUUGUAAUUAUAAGAUACGAUGUUAAUUAAAUAACAUCAUUUAUUUUUUAUCAGUGAAAAUGAAGCAAUCUGAUUGGCCGAGGAGCCUUUCAGAGAGGACCGGUUUUUUGCGCUCUGAAACGCAACUGCCCGCUGUGAAAUGUAACUGCCCGCUGUGAAAUGCAACUGCCCGCUCUGGUUUUCGUGCCAAAAACUGCAUGAGGAGUGAAACACUUUUUAAACGAAAAAUCUGCAAAACAUAGCCUAACAAUAGUCAGAAUACGAAAAUGAAUUGCAUCAAGCCCUAAAGGCUUCAUACUAAGCACGAUGUUCACACGAAUUGACAAUAUUUUGAUAAAAAUGCGACAGAAAGUCGGAAGUUAUUUGACAUGUAUAAAACUUAAUAUACGUCGAGAAAACUAUAUAUUUUUUAAAUGCUCAUGUAUUGGGCCAUGCACUUAAAAGCGAAAAAAUUUCAGCUUCAACUGAUAUAUACACUAUGAUUGCAAAAUUAAUGUUUUCCCAUUUAAAAGAAGGUUUAACUGCAGCAGUGAAAACAAAUUACGAAUAUAUUCUCUACCCAUUUCUGUCAUGCAUUUUUCACUGAUAUAAAUAUCGAGGGGCAUUUCACUCCAAAAAAGCGUACGGGAUUUUCGGAUUUUUUAAAAUUCGCGGAUUUUUUAGCGGGUUUUUCCCGGAUUUUUUAGCGGAUUUUUGAAGAGAAAAUCUCUUGGAUUUUCCGGAUUUGUUUGGAUUUUCCGGAUUUGUUCGGAUUUUUUGACGAAGCGUACGGGAUUUUCGGAUUUUUAAAAAUCCGCGGAUUUUUCCCGGAUUUUUAGCGGAUUUUUGAAGACAAAAUCUGCUGGAUUUUCCGGAUAUGUUCGGAUUUUUUGACGAAGUGUACGGGAUUUUUGGAGUGAAAUGCCCCUCGAUAAAUAUUGUUUACAAAGUAAAAGUUUGUGUUUAAAAACACUUUUUUCAAGCAUAUUAUCGUGAAACGACAAGUAAAAAUACAAAAAUAUAAAAGUAACAUACCUUUAUCAUUGUCUUUUUAGUAGAAAAACGUCGAUUAAAUCAAAACUGAUUGAUUUUUAUAUGUUUUUGAUGGAUCUGAACAUGAAUCUGUCGUUGUCAGGAGCAACUGAUUUUGUCAAAGCCAAAGCGCCAGGCAUAAAUAAAAGUUUUUAUUCCAAAGCUUCUCUGCUACUAUAUUCACGAAAAAAUCAGGGCAUUUUUACUAGCUGAAACUAUACGUCUUUUUGUGUGUUUCUUGCCAGUUUUCUCUAGUUUUCGUAUUCGUGUUUUAUAUCUUUCAACUUUUCAAUUUUUGUCAGCCUCGCUUUGAAAAUACACAACUUCUCUGAUCUCAAAUUAGUUCGCAAGCAACACUGGAAUUUUAAUGAAUUUAAUUUUUACAUCUGAUAAAAAUAAACACGUUAUUUACCGGCAGCGUCGGUCCGGAUGAGAAAAACUGUGCCCUCGGUCUUGAAAACGUCCCUCGCCCUUCGGGCUCGGGCAGUUUUCAAGACCUCGGACACAGUUUUUCUCAUCCGGACCUCGCAGCCGGUAAAUAACAUAUAUAUCUUGCUGGAAGAUCCUCAUUAUUUAAUGUGGUGGUUUUGGAGUCGAAUAUUUCAAGAAUACGUAAUGAAAAAUAAAUAUUAUUGCCUGGAAGAUCGUGUUUAGAUGUUAAUUCUCAUUCUAAUGUAUUAUUUAUAGUGUGUACUUUCAAAGAAAUCCAUAACCCAUACUGAGAUAGAGAAGCACACAAUUUCUGCGAAGUGUUAUUAUUUUUGUAAUCAUAGUUACCAGAAUUCCGACAUUAAAUCAUAAUUAAGGCUGUACCACAAGAAACUAUUAGAAGAAGCCAAAUUUAUUAAAAUUAUUAGGAGAAACCAAAAUUGAGCAGCCAGUCAAGCGGAUCGACUUCUAAAAUUGGAAUUAUGUAAAAUGUUCGUAGGUAAUUAGAUAUGGGCGUCAAUACAGUAUUACACGAAUCAUAGUCCGUCAAGAUAUGAUGCUCUGAAAACCCGGCAAACUUCAAAGAUACGAAAUAGAAGGCCUUUUUAUGUUGAACUGUACGGCACCGUGCACAAAUCCUUUGGCUCAACUUCAUUAAGUAUUAUUCGUCAUGGUUGCAGGUUUCCUCUCAGAUAUCUUUAUUGGACGAUUAUUUCAUUGUACUAAAAUAUAUGAGCUCAAUCACCUUGACCGUGCACAAAUUAACAUAACCUCAAACUAAAACAUAAUACACUGAUUUCUGUUAAGUUUCAUGCAGAACAUUAUUAUCGUGAUAGACUUUCAUAUAUCGCGAAAUAAUGUUCUUUAUCUCAUUUUAUGGCAGCGAUGCUUAUUGUUUCCAACGACUACCAGCAUGGGCAUACGAGGACAAGACGGAGAUACUAGCUACGGAUACUGCUGGAAAUGUUUAUAAAUGGAAAUUCAACUCUGGAGCUGCGACUUCGCAUGCAGCUUGGCAGGCGUUUCACAGCCAUAUUGAUACAGCCGCUGCCUCUGUUAAAAAUGCGUCACCCUGGAACCCAGUUGUUCUUAAAGGAAACUCUAUAAGUAUAAAUCAAGACUCAUUCAUGUAUCGCACUCAAGGAUCUACUAAAUCCGUGCUGCUUGAUGAUGAUAACUGUGACUGUUUAUCUACUUUAAAUAUCGGAGGAUCAUUGUGCGGUGCAGGUGCUGGGAAAGGGAACGACUACGGUGUGGACAAUCUUUAUGACCCAACCUGUGGUGUUCCUAAGCCUUCCAAUGGACUUCGCUUAUAUUAUCGAACUGAAAACGAAAUGUCAUUUACGGCAUAUGGCAUGGAAUGGACGGCGUUUUGGUGGUGGACAAAAGAUGCAACGUGGCCGAAAACCGAAAACGACGUCUUAGGGUACGAAUAUGGACAUUGCAAAGAAUACGACGUGUAUUGCUUCCAGCGAUUACCAAAAUGGGCAGUAGAAGAUUUUACGCAUCUUUUAGCAGUAGAUACCGCUGGUAAUACUUACCUGUGGAAAUUCAGUUCCAGUAAUCCAACAGCACACGCGGCCUGGCAAGCACUUCAUGAUCAUCAAAUUACAUUGGCAACUAAAAUCCAAAAUAAUAGAGCAUGGAACCCUCAAGUGAAGAAAGGGAUAAAACCGAAGAAGGUGAGUACAAAGAGUUUACUUCCUUUAACUUAUUUAAACGAAGGGAUUAUAGAAAUUGAGGUCAGUCCAUGUGGGAUUCUAAAUUUCCUGCGUUUUGUGAAACAUGUGGCGGAAUUUGUAAAACAUUUGGGUAAGAGCGCUUUUUCCUCGAUCACUCGUUGAAAAUUGGGCUCUGGAUGAGACAACCAGAUAGAGAUCCUAUAAUAGUAAAUACAACAAAUUGCCCAGCCAAAGUUUUGUGAAUUUGGUCGGAAAUUACAUCCAAUAUGUGCUGCAGCACCGCUGACUCACCACCAAUCAUUUUAAGUCGAGCAGAUUAUUCGGAAAUCGGGCAAUUAGUGAAAAGGACGAUAAAAUAGUUGAUGUAAAAGUUUGGAACAUGUCAUAACUGAGAAUUUUUCGCAGCCCCCCCCCACCUCCGCCCCCACCCCCUCCUGCAACCCCUGCAGCCGACAUUAAUUUGGGAAACGUUAUUACGGAAACGUUUUUGUGUUGGACAGGCAAUCUCCAUCAACGUUGGGCAAGCUUUGUACUCUAUGAUUAUUUGAAUAUGUGCAUAAUAUUGUGCAAUGUUGCAAAUAAAUGACAAAAGGGCAUGAUAUGUUAAUAACUGGCCUUCGAAUUUCUUCUAUACUUCUUUAUUUUGCAACUGUUUAUUUAAUAUGCUAUACUUAUUAAAACGUUCGUCCGCGCUUCCAGUCGCAACGGACACUGGCGCGGAUAAGUAGUGCGGAUUUCGGUUACAAAUAAUCAGUUGUAAAGCCGUAAUGGAUCUCAGAAAAGAAACAGGACAUAGUGCUUUCUCUUCGUAUUUUAUAUCAAGCACUUAAAGAGACGAUACGUUUUCUUUUUAAACCCAUCAAGGGAACUAUUAUAAUAAUAAUUUAAUAAUAAUAAUUUAAUAAAAUACCGAUGUGUAACCUAUUAGGUUAAAUUACAUCAGUAAAAAGUCUCAUUAUACUACAAUAGAAUAUCUAGAUGCAUAAAAUUAUUCAUAACUUCAGUUGAAAAAGUUAUAGAGUUCAAAUUUUAAAAUAUUAAAAAUAUUAAAAUUAUGGUCUAUUCAUAUGUGAAACCAUCUGUGGAAAAAAAGAUUUCAUAAAUCUGUCCGUUUUACAACUAUAGUUAUUAUAAUCGCUUCCAUAACGUGUAUUAUAAGUUAUGUUGAAGUUUAGGCGGUAAGAGGUCACCCAAUUUGUCUCCAUGUGCAUUUUUAACAAAAAAACGUUCGCAUAAUAAUCGCCGCCGAUCUUUCAGUAAGGGUAUACCAGCAAUACUGCAAGCUUCUCUAUAAGUAGCGAAUGGCAAGACAAUACGCAGAGCCCGCUUCUGGAGUUUUUCGAUAUCUUCACUUAGGUAUUCUGUAAUAUUGAAGUGCCAAACUUGGCAGGCAUAUUCGAGUACUGGUCUGAUAAUGGUGCAGUAUACCAAAAUUUGAAUGCUAUUGUCGGCAUUUGAUCGUUUUAACAACCUUAGCAUAUAAAGGCGUUUUCCCGCUUUUUUAACAAUAUGGUUCACAUUGCUUGAACUAUUGCAGGCUUCGGCACGUUUUGUAAUAUUUCAAUCUAAUUCUCGUCCCGCGUUAGGAGCCAAUGCAAGAUUCUUUACACCCGGGUUUAUUUUGAGAAAAAUUUAGAACUGCACAUAUUAGGGAUGUUACGAAGCGUCCGUGUUUGACUUGGGGGGGGGGGGUCAAAGGAUUUUUAUCUAUAUUUAAUGCUGCAAAUUUAUAGCUAACGUUGUAAAUUAUGAUAGACUUUUAAUUUGUAUAUAGGUGGCACAAAUGGAUGGGGAGCUACAGGUAGUGGGUGUCCGCCAAAUUUUGAAUUUAGAGGCUCGUACGUUCUGGCAAAGAUUUGUUUAAAUAAAAUUACUGACAUUAAUCUCAGGCGUGGAUCGAGUCAGCCACAUAAAAUUACUUCUAAGUUACAGAGUAACAAUUAAAAGUUGUUUAAAAUGUUUUUAUUCAAUUCGACAUUUGAAAUAACAGCCAAAAAACGAGUUUCGGGUUCGUAUUGAUCACUGGUUGUCAAAAUGCAAAACGAUGCAUAUCCUCAAUAAGCCAAGAUGGCGAAUAGCGCAUAGUUUUUUAAUUUUGGUUAAGAUAUUCCUAGUAUCAAGCAAGAUAUGAAAUAUUUUCAACAAAAAUUUAUCGUUCUUUCAAAUAUUAAAGACAAUAAAAAUUUUUAUUGCCAUUGUCCUUCAACUAGUUUUUAUUAUGUUUUGCAACAUUUAUUUUAUUUCAGGAUCAAGACUCGUUUAUGUACCGUGACCAACAAGGUGUAAAAUCAUUCUUACUGGAUGACGAUAACUGUGACUGUCUCUCUACUUUAAGCAUGGGACACGGGUUGUGUGGAACAACAUUUAGUACUUCAUAUGGACCAGUGAAAAGGUUUGUCGCUAAUUUAUUUUUUUAUGUGUCAUUGUUACUCGAUAUACGAGUUGAGAUGUUACUGUCUAAAUACAAUAUCCUUCCCACUUCCGAUCCUCUAUAGUGCACUCUGUUUUGCAUUUUUGUAAACAUAGCCGAAAAAUUUAUCAUUUUUUAACGUACGAUAUCGCAAAUAUAAUAUUGAUCAUAUAAAAUUACAAAACUAAAGUUUAGAGAUCUCUUAUCCCCAUAAUUUAUUAUAUGAGAAUGACGUGAUUUUACCAAAUUAGGUCAUGAGAAAACGGAAAAUCUGAGAGCCGAUUACACGGUAAAAAUCCGUAUUGCCCUUGUCUAAACAGGUUUUUCCAGGUUAGGACGAGGCAAAAAUCCGACUUUUGAGUGAAGAACACACUACGGAAAAAACACAAGGUCAAAGGCGACUCCUGACUCGAAUAUAAUGUCAAGUUGUGAGCAUUUAAACAGUAAUAAAAUAAAUUUGUUGAGGAAAACAGCAUCAAAAAAGCCUUAAACAAACUCAACCUUCCAAAUGUCAAGAAGUAGUUUUUCAACGAAAACAAUUUAUAUGACAACAAACUUGCACAUUUUUGAAAAAAUUGGCAAAUUUGGACUUGAAAUAUUAGGCUCGUACAAAGCUUCAGUCAUUGUUGCGCCUUAAACUGCAUUUCUCGCUGCAGAAUCGCCAAUUUGAAAGCAUAUUAUACAACGUUGAAUAGUUGAAGAAAUCUGUGUUUAGGUACUAUUUCUUUACCUAGCUAAUUCACCUUUUUAACAACUUUUUAAUAUAUCUCGUAUAAUCAACUCAAAUUAAAACAACGGUCUUGUUUGUGGCAGAUAAAAAUGAUUUAGUUGGUUAAAAAACUUGAUUGACAGGUUCUCUUUGUUCGUGAUAUUUUAUCCAAUCAAAUUCAAGAACCAAGACGUCAGUGACGAGUUGUUCCCAAUUUGGUAUCCAACGUUGUAACCUGUUUCAAGAUGUUUGUUUUCAUUGCAUCUGGAAAUCUAAAAUUUUUAGACGUUUACAGCGAUAAACGGCUAAAAAUUACAAAUUCUUCAAAAAAGGCAUGGAAAUUUUUCAGGUUUGUCAUAUAACAAAAAUUCGAAUAAUGUCUAACAUUUCUCCUGAAGGGCUCGAACUGCUCAGAAAUGAAUCACACUAUUAAUGGGUAUCAUUAUUCACACAUUGUACCCCAUUUCUGCCCGGAUUUCAGCUUUUCACAAGGCCAGCCCUUUUUCCCAUUGAGUGGGGGAUACCCAGAGCCUCCUUGCCCACUCCCUCUUGGCUACGCCACUGAUUAAUAGAAGAUUAAUAGAUGAUUAAUAGAAGCGGCACAUACAGUUGAAAUAAAGGCGUCGCUUGCAUAACACCAACAAGGCCGGCGAGAGGGGGGGGGGGGCAAAAUACCGGGGACCGGAGUGCUCAGAGGGGCCCGGAAAUCCGUUAAAAUGUUCGUAUUGUUUAUUAUCGCUUUAUGUUUGUCCUAAAUGAAAUACGCCUACUUGCACAUUGUCCGCUGAUCGUCGUGAUCGAUCGUAAAACGUACCAAAUGUGAAAUAAUUAUUAAGUUUCUUUAACGAGUUUCUGGAAACGUAAUAAUCACAUAAUUAUUAAAUGCAAUAUUCUCUCUCAGGUAUGGUGUUGAUGCGUUGUAUGAUGAUCAUUGCAAUACACCUCGUCCUUCGGUUGGUUUGACACUUUACUUCUCGACAUCUCGUCCCAUGACCCUGUGCACGCAUGGUGGAAAUUGGCUUGCUUUCUGGUGGUGGUCUGCCAAUGCUAAGUGGCCAGCUGCUUCGAAUGAGAAUGACGUCAUUGGUCAUGCAUAUGGCACAUGUGGCCCACGCGAUCACUACUGUUUUGGAAGAUUGCCAUCAUGGGCUCGAGAAGAUUCAACUGAGAUGUUGGCGGUAGAUUCCGCUGGAAACACAUACAAAUGGAAGUUUGAUUCCACAAAUCCGACAGCUCACGCUGUUUGGCGAGCCUUCCACGAUCACGUUACGACACCCGCCGGCAAAGUGACAAAUAGCAAGCCAUGGAACCCGGUGACCCUUUCUGGAACCGCUCCAAAAGCACAACAAGAUUCCUUCAUGUACCGUGAACAAAAUGGAGUAAAGUCAAUCCUUCUUGAUGAUGAUAAUUGUGAUUGUUUAACAACUUUGAAUAUCGGCCAUGGCAUGUGCCGUGCAUCCCACGACACCACCUUUGGUCCGGCAAACCAAUAUGGCGUUGACACUCUGUAUGACAAUCAUUGUCAAGUACCUCGCCCCGGUAUUGGCCUGUCUCUUUAUUUCCGCGCAAAUUGAGUAAGCCUGAAACUUUUUUUCUUAUACAUUGCGAACUAGAUAAUAAUCAUUACGUUGGUAUGAUCUAUAUAGAAUAGCUUUUGUAUACUCGUAUGUGAUACGCGCGAAGUAUUGAAAUCUUCCAAUUUGUAAAGCCGUAGCCUUAGCUCUUUAUUUUCGCACAAUCUACAACUUAACUGAUAAUUCAUCUUACAUUUUUAGAGCAGUUUGAACAUAGAACUGUAACACAUGUAGCCAUCGUUAUUUGUUAAUAUAUAUGGUUAUAAGAAAAC